AACAAUUAGAAAAUCUGUUUCUGAGUUCAUCUACCAAAAGACUUCCUGCUUUAAGUUCUUCCACGAUAUAUACGGAAGAAAUCCAAAUUAUACUAACAUCACAAAGCCUGAAACGACAUCUGAAACUUCAAAGUAUGAUUCAUUCACUUACAGUUACACAGAAAACAAACUAAAUCUAAGGAAAUUGAAAGGGUUUUGUUAAUGGGAGUCAUCAGUAAAACUGAAGUAAAUUUAAGGAGGCUGCUUGCAACAGCUCCUCAGCAGAAGAAUCAAGCAAAGCUCAUACAUUAUGUUGCUACUUUACGAGAACAAUUGGAGCAAUUGGCAGCAGAAACUACAGAGGAUGGCUUACAAAGGAUUUCAAAGGCAAAGGUGAGUGACUAUUCAGAGAAGAUUGAAGCACUGGCAGCUACACUAGCUGCAGAACCACCUGUUUUGCCAGAAUCCUUGGAGGCUUUUGACGGGGAUCGGGUCAAGGAAAUUCCAUCAAAGCCAGAACAAGGAACUCACAUACCUUCUCCAAGAUUGCGAAGGAGGUCUCAUUAUAAAGUUGAAGAUAGAUCAUAUGAGAUUAAAGAAAGUGAUUCAUCAGCUCCUAUCAAACUGGAUGCUGAAGCACAUACACAUAUUGAGAAGCAUAGAAAGCUUCAAGAAGAUUUGACAGAUGAAAUGGUUGGAUUAGCACAAAGACUUAAAGAGAGUAGCCUUAUGAUGAGCCGUUCCAUUCAAGACACGGAAAAGGUACUUGAUUCUACAGAAAGGGCAGUGGAGCACAGCUUGGCAAGCACUGGUAAUGCAAAUGCUCGGGCAAUGGAAAUUUAUUCCCGGACUUUCAGCACCACCUGCUUCACGUGGCUACUAUUCUUUGUCAUGACGUGUGUUUUCGUAAUGGUCAUAGUUCUCAUUCGUGUGACUUAGUUAUAUAAAACUGUAAUCUUUUAUCCUCGUCCACUUUUCCAGACUGCAAAGUAUGUUAUUCAAUGCUACUUUAUCUAGUUUUUGUGUCAGUACAGUUUCAUGCAUUAGUUGAGCACUUUAGGUUUGAUUGCCUACCAUCUUGUGUUGUUACUUGUUAAAUAAUAAUUAGGCGUUAUAACAGUGUUGUACAGAUGAGUUUAUGAAAAUUUAAGAUGUCAGACUUCAUUUUUAUGACAA